ACUCUUAACAACCGUCAUUGUUCUCUACAAGCUUUUAAGGUUACCUCACUUCUGACAUGGAAUAUUGUUGUCAAAUCCCGUAAAUUAAAAUGUUUUUUUAAUAAAAAUAUCACAUAUAAUUAUCAUAAAUAUGAAAAUUAACGAGAAAAACUUGUGUGCUUAUGCGGUGUCAGCCACGCCGGUGGAUAAAGAAGGCUACUUAAACAAAAGGGGCGAAGUUAAUAAGACUUUCCUUAGAAGAUACUUUGUUCUCAAAGGCAAUUUAUUAUUUUAUUUCGAUAAGAAAGGCGAUAAGGAACCUUUGGGUGUUAUAAUACUGGAGGGAUGCACCAUAGAGUUAGCUGAAGAGGAAGAACAGUUUUGUUUUAAAGUCCUGUUCCAUGGAACAAACAAUAGAACAUACAUUUUGGGAGCUGAAUCUCAAGAGGCAAUGGAACAAUGGAUGAAGUCGCUCGCAUGUUCCAGCUACGAUUAUAUGAAGCUAAUGGUUGCUGAGCUACAAAGACAGUUGGAUGACAUUGAAGACACGCCGGUAGUUGUUCCUGUUACUCAGGCGCAAAACUCUCCAGUGGCCCCACCAAGAACACGACACAAUCCUUUUAACAAGCCGGAUAACAGCACUCAUCACAGGCCUUAUAGUAUGAGAAAUGCGACUCAAAGUAAGGCUGAUGAAUCAUCUAGAUAUCCUGAUCAGCAGGCGGCAUCACCAUUACCAAAGAACACCGUGAUAACAUUCAGAGAAUUACAUAAUUCAUAUGGAAGGCCCAUUCUUCAAGAUUUCAACAUUUGGAAAAGGCAACAACGAAAUAAAAGAGAUAAUGCGAUUGGAAAUCUUAUCAGUUUCUAGUUUUAAAAUAUGGAAAACUAUUCAGACUGACCAGUUAUAGAAAUUAAUUUGAUGCCAAUUAUUAGAAAGUAAAUGUAGAAGUAAAUUUAUCGUACUAUUUUUCGAAUGAAUAACUUUCUAAAUGCUUCGCUUGAAUAACGCAUUGCAAACAUGCUUAAAUGUAAAAAACUUCGGCGCGUGUUAAUCAUCAUCUAUAUUUCAACUUCUCCUAGCCAAAGUUUAUGUAUGGAUUAGUAUUUAUUUUAGAUUUUCUUUUGUAUUUGUUUUUAUGUAAUGUAAAGUGUACGUUUAGUUAAAUUUCGUGUGAUGUUCUGUUGUAAGAUUUAUUUAGUGCAUGCAUUUACAACUAACCUAUUUACUCAAGUCGUUGGAUAAUUCAAUUGCAUAUAUUAAAGAAACCCAGCCACUUAAACAUAAAAUUUAAUUUCGGAUUUGCAAUAUUAUGCUACCAGUAUUUAAAUGUAUUUAAUCAUUACUAUUAUUUUAAUAUGUCAAAUUUCGUGCCCUGGAACCCACUAGCAAUAAUGUAAUAAAAUAUUAGUUCUGGUUUGAUUCGCAUUUGUUUGGCAGAUUUGCAAGUGACCGGCCAACAACUUGAGAACAAUUAAUACUUGACACAAAGUGAUUCUCCAAUACUCAAAAGAUUAUUUUCCUCUAGCUAAAGAAUUGGAAAUAAACCGUUCAAAGAAGAAAAUUUUAAUAUUACAAUGAGUAAAAUAAAGGAUCUCUCCUAAUUAUUGUCUGAAUGUUGAGUGCUUUAUCAACCGAAAGAAAAGAGUAAUACAACGAAUUAUACUCAUGGAGUGGUUUAUUAAUAAUACCUAAUUAAUAUGUAUAUAAUUAUUUAUAAAGUUAUUAACAUUUCGUGUGUAUUUUACUAAUUCAACUAAUGUCAAUAAAGUAUGUACAAUUUA